AUGUCAGUAUCUGGAAAGAAAGAGUUUGAUGUGAAGCAGAUCCUGAGGCUCCGCUGGAGGUGGUUCAGUCACCCCUCGCAAGGCUCCACAGGCACGGGGGGCUGCCAUCAGCAGGAAGGAUAUGAGCACAGAGGGACACCGGUUCAGAACAGGUUGAAGAACCACUCUCGGGACAGAAAUGGGCUGAAGAAAAACAGCAGUCCUGUCCACCACAAUAUACUGGCACCCGUGCCAGGUCCAACCCCGGUGCACCACCGAUCUAUUCAAACCUGGCAUCAACAAAAUCUCAUAGAACAGCUUCGAUCAAAUGAGGAUUUUCCCAAAACAAGCACAGAGGAGAACGGUCUCAAAGAAGAUUCAAGUAAAACCGCACAGGAGUUGCAGAUGAUCACAGAAGAAAAUUCAGAUGAAUCUGCAGAGAGGCUGUCAACGACCAGCAGCUCACUGCUUGGAAUGAACACCAAUGGCUCAGAUGAGUAUUUCCAGUCUACAAACCACGCAGAGCAAACUUUCCGCAAAAUGGAAAAUUAUCUGCAGCAGAAGCAGCUGUGUGAUGUUCUUCUUAUAGUCGGAGACCAAAAGAUUCCAGCUCACAGGUUGGUUCUCAGUGCAGUGUCUGAUUAUUUUGCUGCAAUGUUUACUAAUGAUGUGCGUGAAGCAAAACAAGAGGAGAUCAAGAUGGAGGGAGUAGACCCUGAUGCGCUGAAAGCUUUGGUGCGCUAUGCCUACACAGGUAUUCUAGAGUUAAAGGAAGACACUAUAGAAAGUUUGCUUGCUGCAGCUUGUCUUCUCCAGCUAUCCCAGGUUAUCGAGGUAUGCUGCAACUUCCUCAUGAAGCAGCUCCAUCCUUCCAACUGCCUGGGGAUUCGCUCUUUCGGAGACGCUCAGGGCUGCACAGAGCUCCUGAAGGUGGCACACACAUACACCAUGGAACACUUCACAGAAGUAAUAAAAAACCAGGAAUUUCUUUUGCUCCCUGCUAAUGAAAUUGCAAAGCUCUUGUCUAGCGAUGACAUCAACGUUCCAGAUGAAGAAGCCAUAUUCCAGGCGUUAAUGAUGUGGGUGAGGCAUGAUUUGCAAAACCGGCAACGAGACCUAGGAAUGCUUCUUUCUUAUAUUAGGCUGCCUCUACUUCCACCCCAGUUACUAGCUGAUCUAGAAAAUAGUCCAAUGUUUGCAGACGACCUAGAGUGUCAGAAACUUCUUAUGGAGGCUAUGAAGUACCAUCUUCUACCAGAAAGACGGUCCAUGAUGCAGAGUCCUCGAACUAAACCUAGAAAAUCUACGGUGGGUGCACUUUAUGCUGUAGGAGGUAUGGAUGCCACUAAAGGUACCACCACAAUUGAAAAAUACGACCUUAGGACUAACAGCUGGAUACAAAUUGGUACCAUGAAUGGUAGACGAUUACAGUUUGGAGUUGCAGUAAUUGACAACAAGCUCUAUAUUGUGGGAGGAAGAGACGGUCUGAAGACUUCUAACAUUGUUGAAUGUUUCAACCCUCUCACCAAAGUUUGGACUCUAAUGCCUCCUAUGUCAACACACAGACAUGGCCUAGGAGUAGCAAUGCUUGAAGGACCAAUGUAUGCGGUUGGUGGCCAUGAUGGAUGGAGUUACCUUAAUACCGUAGAAAGAUGGGACCCGCAAGCACGGCAAUGGAAUUACGUUGCUAGCAUGUCAACCCCUCGAAGCACCGUAGGGGUUGCAGCAUUAAAUAGCAAACUGUAUGCUGUUGGUGGACGAGAUGGGAGCUCCUGCUUAAAAUCAAUGGAAUGUUUCGAUCCACACACAAACAAGUGGAGUAUAUGUGCUUCGAUGUCCAAGAGAAGAGGUGGUGUUGGUGUUGCAACGUACAAUGGGUUUUUAUAUGCUGUGGGCGGUCACGAUGCACCUGCCUCCAACCACUGUUCUCGACUUUCCGACUGUGUAGAAAGGUAUGAUCCUAAAACAGAUGCUUGGACAACAGUGGCCCCCUUGAGUGUACCUCGGGAUGCUGUUGGAAUUUGUCCUCUGGGGGACAGAUUAUAUGCUGUUGGGGGCUAUGAUGGCCAUACGUACCUGGACACCGUGGAGUCCUACGAUGCUCAAAAUAAUGAGUGGACAGAGGAAGUUCCUGUCAAUAUUGGAAGGGCUGGAGCAUGCGUUGUUGUUGUGAAGUUGCCCUGAUGACUAUAAAUAUUGUGAAACUAAACUUUGAGUGGAGUUUCAUGAAGAUAAGAAACCUUUCCAGCAAGCAGUACAGACCACACACAUCUUAACAGCCCUCCAGUAUAGAGAAUACUUAUCUCUGAGCCAUUAUGCUAUUAGAGCACAGAAGUGUCUUCCUGCAUUACAAAAAUCAGAGAAUUUUGCA